CAGAGCUUAGCCUAACGUGGACGCCGCAUCCUACCAAUGCGAUCGCGAGACCACACCCCACGGCGCCGGCGGCUCUGCCUCUGCAGUGUGCGCUGCAAGUGCAACCCAAUCCACCACCCAGGACCCAAGAGCGGCUAAAGACGAGGCCAAACCCACCACUAUUCUUGCGGAUAUCAUAUUCCUCUGCGUCCCGAGCUGCUCCCCGCGGCUCCAGAUCAUCAUCAUCAUCAUUGCGAUUUAUUCCCGCACUUUGCUUCCGGAGGCAGGCACCGCCGCCGACCCAACCACCUCUCGCGCCGUCCAGUUCACUGCACUGGUUUGCUUCUUGAGAAGCAGGAGCACUUCUAGGGGCAAGGCAACGAUCGAAUCUCUUCGCUGUUCGUGGUUCUGGCAGAGCUCUCUGAUCGGAGCCAUGAGCAGCACUCUGCUUCGGGUCUGCCCCUCCGAGCUCAAGAUCCCCUACGAGGUCAAGAGGCAGCGAUCGUGCUGCAUGCAGCUCAUCAACAAGACCGACAAGUACGUGGCGUUCAAGGUGAAGACGACGAACCCGAGGAAGUACUCGGUGCGCCACACCUGCGGCAUUCUGCUGCCCCGGAGCUCCUGCAGCGUCACAGUUACGAUGCAGGCUCCCAGGGACAUGCAGCUGGAUCACCAUUGCAAGGACAAGUUCCUCGUGCAGAGCGCCGUGGCCCGGGACGGAGCCACCAUGAGAGAUCUUGUCCCUGAACUGUUCACCAGGGCGCCGGGUAGGUUGAUUGAGGAGUUCAAGCUGCGGGUGGUUUACAUUGCUGCUAAUCCUCCCUCGCCGGUGCCCGAGGAGGCAGAGGAGGAGGACGCAUCCCCUCGGUCAGAGGUGACGAUGGGCUAUGAGGCGAAAGUUUCGUCAGCGUUUGAUGCCGCAUCUAGAUGCGUAGAUAAUUCUGGAGCUAAACUUUCAUGUACCAAGGGUGCCUCUGUGGUAUCGAUGCUUGUUGGAGAAAAAGUAUAUACAAGAGAAGAAAAUCAGAAAAAACAUCAGCAAGAUAUGGGACUGCUUAGGGAAGCAGGAUCACCUCAACAGGGUUUCUCCGUAAUGUUUGUGCUGUUAGUCUUCAUGUCAUCUGUCUUCAUCGGACACUUGAUGAAGCACAUAAAGGUUUAGUGAUGUAAGUACUGCAACACAGGCGCUAGAACUAGAAACGGAUCCAAUUGUUGCCAAUUUUAGAUAGGAGGAACAUGCAUCAAGUUCAUGUAUAUAUGGUUCAUCAGUUGCAGAGUUGCGUCA